UUUAGUAAGCAGCCAUGCAUUCGUCUUCUGGUCUGUUAGAUUUAAUGGUGUCUUAGCAGAUUUGUAACAGUAAAAAAUAGGGUUUGUUUAAUGUAUUUAUUGACCAUCUAGUUGACUGUUUGGAAGCAAAUAUCUUCAGUGAACAGUCAGAGAUGUUAAAGACUGAGGACAAGGAGUAUUCCCUGACAGAAACUACAUGAGGAUUAAAGUACUGUAAAAAGAAAAUGGACCAAUCAAUCGUUAGUAAUAAAACAGAUGAUUUCUCUGAAGUUCCCUUUAUUCAGGCUGCAGUUCAUCACUUCCAGCCAAACUACACUGCACAGAGUGGUGGCAACGUGGUUGCUCCUUCCAUAAUUGGUUCAAAUGUUGGCAACAUAAACAUCAAUAUCUUCUCAGCAACGCAAGAGUGUAAAGAGGACCUCAACAAUGACCAUACAGACAGCUGUGGUGCUCUGCUGCCUGAAAUUGACAAGGUUGCAGAAAGUCAACAAAACCUGAAAGCCACUCUGAGGAGGAAGUUCAGCCACAUUCUCGAGGGGCAGGCGACAGAAACAAACAAAAUCUCUCUCAAUAACAUUUACACAGAGCUCUACGUCACCGAGGGAGGAAGCGGCGAAGUCAACAAGGAGCAUGAGGUGAGACACAUCGAGACGACACCCAGGAUCCAUGUGGGCCAGGAAAAAUCAAUCCACUGCGAUCACCUGUUCACUCCUCUGCCUGAACGUGGCUGUGACAUAAGGACUGUCGUCACACGGGGAGUUGCUGGCAUUGGAAAAACUGUUUUGACCAAUAAAUUCACUCUGGACUGGGCAGAGGAGAGAGCAAAUGAAAACCUAGAAUUUGUAUUUCCACUGUCGUUCCGAGAGCUGAACUUGAUGAAGAAGAAAAACUUCAGUCUAGUGGAGCUUCUUGUUGUGCUUUUCCCUGAAAUUAAAGACAUAGAAAUUUUCACUAAUGUGAAAAAAAACAUGCUCUUCAUCCUCGAUGGCCUGGAUGAGAGUCGCCUCUCUCUGGACUUCAACAGAUGUGAAAUACUGUCAGAUGUGACUCAAACUACCACAAUUGCCGUAUUAAUGACCAACCUCAUUAGGGGCAGAUUGCUCCCUAUGGCUCUCGUGUGGAUCACAUCACGCCCCGUAGCUUCCAGUCAGAUCCCAGCGAACUGCAUUGAUCUAGUGACUGAAGUUCGAGGUUUCAACAACCUGCAAAAAGAUGAAUACUUCAGGAGGAAAAUUAGUGAUGUGAACUUAGCAAACCGGGUGAUAGCACAUGUGAAAACCUGCAGGAGCCUUCACAUCAUGUGCCACAUACCAAUUUUCUGCUGGAUGGCAGCGACUGUUUUCGAGAAAAAUAUGGCUACAAAAGAGAGCAAAGACACACCAAAGACUCUCACUCAAAUGUACAUACACUUCUUAUCCUUGUGUGAGGAGGCAAUGAAGAAAAGGCUGACAGGAAGAAGGGAGUCAAAUGCUGACUGUGUGAGAGCUAAUCUCCUGGCUUUAGGAAAGCUGGCUUUCCAAGAACUCGAGAAAGGCCACCUGAUCUUCAAUGAAAGCGACCUAAAGCUGAAUGGUAUCGAUACUGAGCAGGCAUCCAUGUUCUCAGGAGUCUACACACAGAUCUUCCAUGAGGAGAUGACAGUGUGCAAGGAGAAGAUGUUUUGCUUCGUGCAUCUGAGUGUCCAGGAAUUCUUUGCAGCGUUGUACGUCUUCCUCACGUUCCACAACGACAACGUUAACGUCCUGGUGAAGUUGUCCGCGUCACGACGCUUUCUAUCCAGACCAUCUGACCUCAUCCUCUACAAAGAAGCAGUGGAAAAGGCUUUGCGGAAUGAGAAAGGAGAUUUUGACAUGUUUCUACGCUUCCUUUUGGGGCUGUCCCUGGAGUCCAAUCAGACGCUGCUGAAACAUCUAAUGGUCAACAACCGAACACAACAAAAGACAAGAACCGAAAUCGUUAAACACAUAAAGGAGAAGAUCAGGUCCAAUCCAUCACCAGACAGGUGCCUCAAUCUCUUCCACUGUCUGAACGAGCUGAAUGACCACUCCCUCGUGGAGGAAAUUCAGAGCUACCUCAGCUCAGGUAGCCUUAACAGAGCCAAUCUUUCACCUGCCCAGUGGGCCACACUAGUUUUUGUAUUACUGACAUCAGAAGAAGAGCACAGUACGUUUGAACUGGGCAACUACACCAGGUCAGAGGAGGGUCUUCUCAGGCUGCUACCUGUCGUGAAAACAGCCCAAGUAGCAAAUCUGAAUGCAUGCAACCUUACGUUGACCAGCUGUGAGAACCUGGCGAAUGCCAUCAGUUCAUCCCAACUUAGAGAACUGGACUUGAGUAACAACAAUCUGACAGAUGUAGGACUAAUGAAGCUCUCCAGUGGGUUGAGGAACAGCAAAGUGGAGACGCUCAGACUGAGGAGCUGUAGCCUAACAGAACGCAGCUCCAAUGACCUGGCAUCAUUUGUCAGCUCUGCCUCUUGCCUGCUAAAACUACUGGACCUGAGUGAUAAUGAGUUUCACGAUUUAGGAGUUAGAAGGUUUUCUGAUGGACUGAGGAGCUCUGACUGUAAACUGGAAACCCUCAAUUUGUCCCUGUGCAGUGUGGGAGAAGAGGGCUGCAUUUUCUUGGCAUCUGCUUUAAACUCAUGCCACCUGAGAGAGCUGGACAUGAGCUACAACCACCCAGGGAACUCAGGGUUGAAUCUUCUAACAGCUCUGAAAGAGGACCCACAAUGCAGCCUGGUGAAACUCAGCAUGGACCAGUGUGGUGAGUUCCGGAUUCAGCCAGGUCCAAAGAAAUAUACCAUCAAACUCACCCUGGACCCAAACACAGCACAUAAAGAUCUUUCUCUAUCCGAGGAAAACAGGAAAGCAACACGCUGGACCAAGCAGCCAUAUCCAGACCAUCCAGAAAGGUUUGAUUUCUGGCCUCAAGUGUUGUGUAGAGAAGGGCUCACAGGACGCUACUACUGGGAGGCGGAGUGGACUGGGAGAGUCUUCAUAGGAGUAGCCUACAAACGAAUACCCAGGAAGGGAGAGACUGAUGACUGCUGGUUAGGUCGAAAUAACUCCUCCUGGGGCUUGAACUGCAACAAAGAUGGAUACAAAGCCUUGCACAAAGGCACAGGCAUUCCUAUAACCACCAAACCCAACUCCAACAAAGUAGGAGUAUUCCUGGACUGGUCAGCAGGGAUGCUCUCCUUUUACAUGCUCUCCUGUGGUUCCCUUAAACUCCUCCACACCUUCCACACUACCUUCGAUGAGCCUGUUUACCCCGGGUUUCACCUUGGCUGGGUGGACUCAAAGGUUUAUUUGUGCUAAGUAUCGCCAAUCUGCUUUUCUGAUCUGGAGACACCCGAGAAUUCUGUUUCAUCUAAAUGCUGGACUUCUGAGCCCGAUGCCCAUAAUGUGAUAAAAGAGCUGCAGCUAAUUUCAAAUUACACCAGGAUUCUUUUUGGUUGCUAUUAGCCAUAUUGGCUCUGUAUGGAAUGGUAAUUCUGGACAGUUCAGAACUUUGGAUUCAAGCUGAAACAUUGCAUUGUAUAUAUUUCCAUGAAAUGAGUGACAAUGAUACUAGUGAUGUGAGCUUUUCAGAUAACACCACACUGUGUGGUCUUAAAGGAACGAAACAAGGUUGACUGUGAUCAGUACCUAGCCUGCUGUGAAGGUGCUUCUGUUAUUCACUGUGAUGUUUAUUUAGAUGACAUCACGUUUAAAAUGUACUUACCAGAAAAACUGAACUUUAAUCUCUUUAGAGCAGGGUCUCAAACUUAAAUGA